CAAUGAAAAGGAUGGCAGUCUUUUCAUGAAUCCUGGGACCAACCAGAACAGAAUAAUAAUAAUAAUUAAAAAACCCAGGAAGAAUACUAGAAAAGUAACCUCAAGGGGAGAUAAUAAUAUCAGAUUACGCUUUCCAAUAGGCUGCUCUACUUUUCUAGUUCUAGUUUAAUACAAAACUACUUUAUGGAUUAAUGUUGCUGUUAUGAAAUUGAGCUAUACUUAAUAACAUUGUUAAGUAAGAUGAGAAUGUUCUAUAAUGAAAUAUAACUCUGCUUUUAGAAGCUACAGGAAGACUCCUGAAGCGGCACUGCAUUCAUCUUAAAAAUGUCCAGUCUGUCUCUCUUAAGUCGUGGCACUGGGCAGGUGAUCAAAAAGAAACAGGAGAAGCUGGAAGUGCAUUUUGAUCCCCAGGAUGACCUGAACCGCAUGUCUUCUGAAGGCCUUUGCAGUGUCAACAGACUACUGGAUCACAGGCAGAUCAUGAAGGAGUACUGGGGGCUGUACCUCCCAAAAACGUAUUGCACAAGAAGAGGCACACUCUUUCUCUAUUCGGAAGAUGUAGCCAAACCAUGGAAAUGGAAGUUGCAGCAAGGACGUCAGCACAAAAGCCAGACAUUAUGUGUAGAUCUUCACACACUCCAAGAUUUGGCCCGGGCUAUCUUAGUAUAUGGAAGCAAACAGCUGUGGCAAGAUAAGAAAGGAAUUGCUCAGCAGCCCUAUCUGUACUUCCUAAGAGAUUCAGACAGUGAGAUGGACAGAUCGAUGAGGCCAGGCUAUUCAGCCAAGAGGUACCUCCUCAAACUCGCCCAGAGCUGGGAUCCAAAUGUUUUACAAAAGCUUCAGAAUGCAGGAUAUAUCAGUGACCCCUUGUUGUUUAAGGAAAAUGCAGCUGCUCUCAGGAAGAAAUUACAGGAUCUAUCAGCUAUUCCACCAAAGUAUAAUCUACAUAUUUUCUACACUCCUUGCUUGUACUCACAAAGUCAACUAAAAGAACAGACUUAUUCAGGUCUUGGUCCUCCAUUGCGUAAAAAGUCAGAAAAUAGAGCCAGCCUGGUGAAAGGUGACCCAGAACAUAAUUCAAGAGGAGCAGAUCGAAUCCCUUUAAGAAUUUCUGUAAGGAAACUGAGUGUUCAUCUUCAACCACAGCAUUCCAGAGAAAGCAUCUGGAAUCAGAAUGAGGCACACUGGCAGAUCUCUGAGAACAGAGGGGUAGAAUAUCACCAAGGUGAAAAGAACAAGAAGGAGCCACAUAACUGUGAAAUGCCAAACCAAUCAGUUAAUGUUCCAUUAUUGGGAAAUACAGGAAUUGCCACCUCUGAAUUUUGGUGUGAGCAGUCCCAUGUGAAUUUCUAUGGUGGUUUUCUUCCGGGAAAAAAGAUCACAUAUAGUGUUAACCAAAAUCACCUGAAGAGCACAGUUAGCAGAGGAAGAGGACUCUCUGAAAAUACAGAAGUGUUCCCCCCGAUUAAUCCAGGAGGCAGCAAAGAGCAAGACGAAAUCACAAAGAAGCAGAAGAAGCAGGUGCCAGAAUUUUUCAAGUUACCUCAAAUAGCUGAAAGCUCACCCAGCGUUCAAAGGGAAAAAAUAAAACCCAGUGAGCUUUCAAAGGAACUUGUGAUCCUUCCACUGCUGGUUCAGUCAGAGUCUCCAACUAAAGCGAAACAUUCAAGAGGGACUUGUUCUAAAGAAGUCAAAUCUGAGACCGAUGUCUAUGAUAAGCAGUCGGUCCUUUUGCCAAAUGAUCUUGUUUUAGACACCAAACAUAGAAACAAGCCGAAGCAAACUAUCAAGGACGGGCUCCUAAAGGCUUCCCAAGAUACUUUCUAUCUACCCCUGAUUAAUCCAGACAAGUUUGCUCUGAGUGAUGGAAAGAAAAGAAAGAGAGAAGUGUCCACUGGAACUGACAACACAAAACAAAUAGAAAGCCAUAAAAGCACUUCACUCAAUAUCCUUCUAACCGGUCCUAAUGGAGAAAUUAUCUGUCCAUCACUUUUGAGAUCUGUUCAAACUACAGAUAAUUCCAGGAAAUUUGAACUAACUACAGGUGAAGAAGAUUACUGUGCAACUAGCAACACUCUUGUUAAUAGGCAAAUAAACCAUACAAAUAAGAAAUGA